AUGGCGACAGCUUCAGCCCUGGUACUCUGGGGACAAGAUGCAAGAAAGAUUGUAUCUUUCUCCACUCCCCAGGGCCUACCACUUCUGUACCGCGUGGCUUUCCUUGAUCGCCUGUGGAAGCAGAAGUCAGGGGAGGAAGAAGAAGAGAAGGUAUCUCUGGAUCCACUGAAGCCAUUUCUUGUACUGGAUUCCCUCAGAGUUAGCCCUACGGGGGUCCUGUUUGAUUCUGAAGCUACAUGUGGGGACAUAGAAAGGAGAAAGAACUCCUGGGCCUCUGAGCUCCCGGCUUGCAGCUUACCCCAAGACCCACGUGGAGCCAACGCCUUGGGAGUCCAAUCUGACUCUGAGCCUACUGUGGGGCACAUGGAGCAGAAAGAAACCUGUUGUGUUCCUGUGUCCCCAUUGUGGGGCCCCAGCCCAUGCCCAAACUCUAUGUCAAAGUCUCACACAAGUGAGCCUACUGGAGACCAAUGCAACUGUAAACCUGAGGGGGAAACAGUGGAGCAGAGAGGGAACUGCUGGACCACUGAACUCCCAGCCCCAAUCCCCAGGUCACUCUCUGCUCCUCUACCAGAUCCACACAUUGACCUUGAGUUUGUGUGGAGGAAUGUGCAACAAAGAGGGAUCCCCCAGGACCCCAGCCUUCCAGCAGUGGAUCCCCUCCAGCCAAUACCCUGGCCUUCCACCCAAGCUGAAGCUCUAAAGAUUGAGUCCAACCAGCCUGGCCUACCCAAGGGAGAGCUGUUCCCAGGGGCUAAGGCAGAGACUCCAUCCUCCCAGGGUGAGGCUGUCCCAAAGUUGCCCACACACUCUGGGAUCCAGGCCUGGCACUGGAGUAAAGAGUUGGAACUCAGGCUGAAGAAACUACAGCAGAGCCCUGCUUCCAGAUCUCUUGGCCCAAGUCAAUCAUUUGGCAGCUCCCCUGCCCUGAGCUCCACAACUCAAGCCACCCGGAGACUCUCUUCUUGCCCCCCACAGCAGAUUCAUCCCCUCAGUCUGUGCCCCAACUCUUCAAGCUGUCAUCCCCCUAAACCUCAGAGCACAGUAACUCAGCCUGUCCAGGUCCCCCACUCUUAUCACUCCCACUCCUCUAUCCAACCUCAGCUAUGGAAGUCUGGCAGGGCAGAACAAGAGUCUCAGAAAGAGCAAAGAAUGAAUGUGAAGAUGUCAUCCCAGGGGUCAUGUGUUCACUGCCCAGGCCUGGAAGAGCCCUCAUACCCGGAGGUUCCAGCCUCAGGGAAGAGACAGGACAAGGCUUCAGCUCUAUCUUCAGCCAAAAAGAGAGAGAGCCCCAGGAAACCCAAAGAAGGAGACCACGGAGAAGGGGAUGCAAAAUUGGGGUCAACCACAGUUACAGGGAAAAGCCACCUAGCCCAGGCCAGACUAGCAGAGGUCCCUGUAAGCAGACUUUUGCAAAGAUCUCAGCACAGGGACCAGAGCUCUCGACACACUGCUCCCUCCCCGCAGCCUCACUCCAAGGCUUCAGGUUCCCAAGAUCAGAGAGGGGCAAGGCUGGGAGCUGGUGACAUCCUGGCCCCUCGGCACUGUAAGCACUGCCCUUGGGCCCAGAAGCGUCUUUCCUCCCCCACACCUCAGGCUCCCCUUACCAGGGGUCUCCAAAGGAUGUUAGCCAAAUUUCUGGGUACCCAUGGACCCCUGCCCACCAAAUCCAGUCAGCAGAGAAAAGGCUGGUAG